GUGUAACAUUAUUUUUUACGCCCCCAAGGCCCAGACCAACCAAAAUCUUGGACCAAGCCCAUGGAUGCCCGAAUCAGAGCUCGGCCCAAUUCCGCUCUUGGACUUCGUCAAUAAGCUUCGUUUUAGGCCCAGCCCGAACCCUCUUGUUAUUCUACGUUUUACUACCGUUCCUUAAUUUCACUUCUCUCUCUCUCUCUCUCUCUCUCUCUCUCUCUCUCUCUCUCAUCUGAAUCUGAAGUCACAGAAGGCACCCAACUUAGGGUUUCGUCAAUGGCGACAAUGGCCGGGCGUCUGAGAUCAGGCCUUCCUUUUCUUACCAGGGUUUUGCGGUCCGAUUCUCCCUCAACUGCUCAACAAUCCCUAUUGCGCCCUACAUUUGCAUCACGUUCUGAGUUCUUGAGGAAUUAUGCUACCCCAUCCGGGCCCAAGAUAGAGAAGAAAAUUAAGGUGCCUCUAGUAUUGUUUGGGGGCUCUGGAAAUUACGCCUCUGCAUUGUACCUUGCUGCAGUGAAAGCUAAUGCAUUGGACACGGUUGAGUCUGAGAUUCUUGACAUUGUUGAGGCUUCAAAGAAAAGCAUUACUUUUUUCCAAUUCAUGAAGGACCCGUCAGUACCUAGUCGUACAAGAGUAAAGGCUAUGCAGGAAAUCUCUUCUGAAGCAAAAUUUUCUGAUGUUACAACGAACUUUCUGGCUGUUUUGGCAGAGAAAGGGAGGCUAAAAUUCUUAGAAAGUAUAGCAAAGAGAUUUGUGGAGUUGACCAUGGCACAUAAGGGAAUUGUGCAAGCUAUUGUGACAACUGUCAUUCCCCUUCCGCCUGAAGAGGAGAAAGAAAUUAAGGAGACACUGCAGGAUAUUAUUGGACACGGGAAGAAUGUCAAGCUUGAACAGAAGAUUGAUCCUAGUAUUCUUGGUGGGAUUGUGGUGGAAUUUGGGCAGAAGGUGUUUGACAUGUCCAUAAAGACUAGGGCACAGCAAAUGGAGAGAUUCCUGCGAGAGCCUGCUAACCUCUAAAUGGUGUAGCACCCUCUCCAGUUCCCCUCGUCCAGGUUACUUCAGCAUCAAUUGUGAUCAAUGCUCCAAGGAAGAAAAGUAGCUUUUAUUUUCUUUUUAUAUUUUCUGUUUUCUUGUUUGGCUUGGGUUGCUCGUGCCCGCCCCUCCUCUUUGUAUAAUGGAUUCCAUCCAUUUGCAAAUAAAAGCUACCUUUUGUGCCCAUACACAAAGGAUCCUGAAAAAAAACCUCUGCUUUUUCUGCAUGGGUUUUCCAUCAGCACUUCUAAAAUAGCAUUCGAGAUAAGAGGGGUACAGUUUUAUUGUAAUGAUUGAUGCUGAUGAAGUCCAGCGUAACAAUUUUAUUGUCCCUCUGGUUGCUUUUCUUUUCUUGUUAACAAAGGAGCAUGUUGCUUGACCAAGAGUGAUAAGGUUCUUCCCAUAGCUGUAAUAAAAAGGGCUUUUAGAAUA